AUGUCAGAAUCGGAUUCGUCUUCGAGCUCUCUUCUAUCUAACGUCUACGUGAAACCGAAACCAAAAAGCAUUAGGAGUAAACCCAAAAAAAUUAGUUCAACAAAGCCGACUCCCGAGGAUGAUCCUACUUGGGCUUAUCAACCACCAGAAGGAAUGGCUUUGGUUGAAAAUGCAGAAACUCAUGAUGAAUGGGAUUGGGAUACGUUUAAAAAGGACCCAGAGCUAGAAUUGUGGGUCAUCAGAGUGCCCAAUGGGGUCAAACCAAAACACCUGGAAAACAUGACUAUAAGCCUGCCUGGUUCGUCCUCAAAUCAAAACACCAAAGUUGGUGUUCUCAAUCGCAAACAAGAGAGUUAUGAUGUAUGGAACGUAUGUUCUUCAUCAACAUCUGGCAACGGUGAUAUUGGUGGGGUAGAGGUUGGGCGUUUAGACGAAGAGGGCACUGCUGGAGGCGGAGAGGAAAUGAGAGGCUUGUCGUGUUUGCUUCCUAGGAAGAAGAAGCACGGAGAAUUGUAUAUUGCGCCUACGCCGAUUACACGACAUCUUCUGAUUUCUGCCCAAAUUCCAAAACCGUCUUCAUCCGAAGAUUAUUCGAUGCCCACUCAGAAUCUCCCUCGAUUUUCAUAUCCGCAAGAGCUUCUCAAACAUCGGUUUGUUGCGUUCGGGUCGACCAAGGUGGCCGUGGAUUACGAUGAUGAGGCUGGCAGUGCUCAUGGUAAUGGCGGUGGUGACGAUGGUGAUGUUGAAAUGGAAGACGUUCUGCCAAAGUCAGUAAAAGCCAAGAAAUCAACAGAGAAGAAGUUGUCGAAGCAGACAAAAAAGCGAAAAACAGCGGAAGAAGCAGUGAUGCCUAGUCCAAAGAAGCAGAAAAAGUCCAAGAAAUAA